AUGAAUUUCCUAGACCGAUUUAAGAGGCAAACAAGCCCAGCAGAUGAUGCGCCAGAUCCAUAUGCCGAUGACAUUAUCUAUCCAGUUCAUAUCCUAGAUGAUACGAAAACUUUUCGUAGCAUCCUGAUCACAUGGACGCUAGUUUUCAACGACGUCCUGAACGCAGACAAGCUCCGAUCCUCGCUAGCCAACCUCUUGGAAACAGGAGAUUGGCGAAAACUGGGAGGCCGAUUACGACUCAAAGACGAUGGCAGACUAGAAAUUCAUGUCCCACCCACCUUCACUCCUUUGCGCCCUGCCUUCACUUACACCCACACUACUAUCGAAUCCUCCAUCCAACAACACGAACUAGCCAAGAAACUACCUAUUAAGCCCACCGGAACCAUUUCAACAUGCCCCGGGCCAACAGACUUCAACGACCUCGCGACAUCACCCUCUGCACCCAUGACCAUCGAGGACCUGCUUGCUGGAGACACACCCCAGAUAUCAGUACAUAUCACAUCCUUCAACGACGCUACGCUCGUAGGUUUAUCAUGGCCGCACACGCUCAUGGAUGUCAUGGGCCAGGCAGCUUUUCUCUCAGCAUGGUCGAGCGUAUUAGCCGGCCGAGCGACCGAAGUACCGCCUGUACUUGGUGCGCAGGAAGACGUAUUACUAGCGUUGACCGACGACGCUACCAGCGCACCACAGGAAGAAUACGUGCUAAAGUCCAAGCAGCUAAAGGGCCUCGCUUUUGUCAAGUUUGGAGCCAGGUUUACGUGGGAUAUGUUGACGGGGGCGAAACCCUUGACGCAAACAAUACAUGUACCCAAGCGCGUUGUGACGACGUUGAGAGCAAGAGCAGAGGCUGAUCUGACUAACUUCCACAUCGGAGCCACCACAGCAGAGCAAGGAGAGAACAAGAUGCCUUUUAUCAGCGACGGCGAUAUCCUCACUGCAUUCACCUUACACUGUAUCGCCUCCUCACUCCCCGCCCCGCGCCCCUUGACCGCCCUCCACGCUAUGAACGCCCGAUUCCGCCUCCCAUCCCUAAUCAAUGCAAAAGGUGUACAUGUCUCCAAUAUGCUAGUCCCCGGCUUCACUUUUCUAGACCCCGCCAUGUCUACCGGCCCACUCGGUCCCAUGGCCCUGCAUAACAGACACAAGCUCCUAGAACAGGCCACAGAAGCCCAAGUUCUGGCCAGUCUGCGUGAACAGAGGGUGAGUGGGGAUCCGAGUACGCUGCUUUAUAGCGAUGCGGACGCGUUGUUGGUGCCGUUUACGGAUUGGACAAAGGCCAAGUUUUUUACUUCUGCUAUUGACUUUUCUCCCGCUGUGGUACGGGCGGGUGGUGGUGAUGGUGGUGAUGGUGGUGGUACGGAGGGAAGGUGCAAUCCACCUGGCACACCAGUGUUUCAUCAUGCGUCGAGCAGGAGACCGAAUCCCACGGCGAGGUUGCUGGUGCAUAUACUGGGGAGGGAUUAUGGUGGGGGUUAUUGGCUCACUUUGACUAUGAGUCCGGCGGCUUGGGAGAAGGUUGAGGAGGAGUUGAAGGAGUUGAAUUGA